AUGAAGAGAAAACCAGAAGCAUCGCAGAGCCAUCUUGAAGGGCGAGAAGUGAAGACCCCGAGGAAAUCUCGGAGCGCAUCUCCAGUGGAGAAGGCGCUUCUUGGACGCAAAAAAGCGUCACGUGCCGGUCGGAAAGGCCGGAAGAUUGCGCUGAGCUCGUCUCUCCAGUGUCGCGGGGGUGCGUCGGAGCCAAACCGAGCAAGAGCGAGGAAGAAGCCCGUGGAGGGGCGCGAGCUGGAGCGGAAGCGACGGUCGGAGAGCUCGACCCGGGGCCAAGAAACCGGAAGGCGCACCAGCAGGCGCGCAGGCUCUUCGCUUUCGACUCCUCACCGGAAGUCGGUCGCGCCGGGGAAACCUCGCGUCAAGGCAACUGCGUCGCGGCGGUUGCCUGGAGGCAGAAAAGGCGCCACUGGCUUUUCCUUGCCGAGGAAGCGGGGGCUGAAGCCGUUCGCGUCCCCCGCGUUUCCGGAGACCGCGAAGGAGAGGAAGAAAGAGACAGGCGGAAUGGGUGCGUUACUCGCUUCGCCCGCGCCUCGCCUCUCUUCCACGGCCAGGUGUCCGUCGGAACUCGCGGCAGGCUUUCCACGGAAGAAGAGAAGGACCAAAGGCAGUCAGGCAGAACGGCGAGAAAAACUCGCGCUGGUUUCCCCGCUCGAGGCUGUCUCCGAGCCCAAGGAGGCGGUAUCGCCGCUUCCGUCUUUUGCGUCUCCAAUUCUGUCGGGAUUUCUAACCUCCCUGAAGAAGAGGCAGCCGACGCCGCAGCAGCGAGGCAAGAGGGGGGCGUGGCGCGUCGCCUCGGUGUACCUACGGGGCGGGGAAGAGCGCGUGGGGAGGAGGAGGAAGAACGCGCAGCGAGCCUCCGAUCCGCUCUGUGGAGAGACAGACGAACCGGAAGACCUCCUGGCCUCGCCGCCGGGAGAGCUGAGGAGCCUGAAAGAAGGCGGCGGCGCGCCCUCGCGCAUGCGAUCCGGCUUCUGUCUGUCGGAGACGGAGGGAGAAGAGCUGGCGGGACGAGGCGCAAAGAGGAAGAGAGAAGAAGACGGGGGUCACCGGAAGGACGUGGCGGGAAGCGGAGAGGGUGAACAGACGGCUGAAGUGGACAGGGCGAUGGAGCGCGAGAGGGCGAGACAAGAAAAUCGCACCAUUUGGGAACGAGGACAAGCCCUCUUGGCGAAGACCGAAUUCAAUCCGCGCCUCUCGCCUGACGCCUAUACAGCGCUCUGGCGCCGCACCGCGCUGUCGAGACAGAAGAGCGAGAGAGAGAAAGAGAAGGUCGAGCCGGGCGUCGAGUCGCGAGCAACAGUGAAGCGGGAAGGGGAGAAGGACUCCGAGAGAAAAGCACAGAACACCGCGGAAGAGAAGAACGCCGGCCAGCGGGAAGAGACCCAAGAGGAAACGAAACCGGCGGAAGAUGAAUCCAACAUCGCGGCCUCCAAUUCCAUUGCUUGUCGCCGCCCUCUCCGUCGCUGUCGCGUGCUCGUCCCCUCUCCCUCUUCUUCCUCUUCUUCCUCUUCUUCGUCUUCUGCCUUUGUUUCUUCGUCCUCUUCCUCGUCUUCCUGCGAGCUGAGCGGCCAGCGUCGGCGUUCUGCUCGUCUGCGUCAAAGUAACGAUGCGUCUGCUUCUUUCGAUGCGUCGCUUGAUUCUCAGCCCCAGAAAAACACUUGUGAGUCUUCAGUUCCCCAAAAUGCGGCUUCUUCUCUUUGUGCAGAUGACUCUGCGAGUAGCCGUCCGGUUUCGCGAGGGCCAGCCUCGCCAGAAACUUCCGCCCCGGUCUCGUCUUUGUCGGCUUCGUCGCACUUCCGGCACUGCACGCCUUAUGUUCGGAGUUUGGCCCGACGCGCUGGAUGGGAGCGCGUGCCGCCUUCUCUCCUCCUUCUGUUUGUUGAAGACCUCGGCGCGGCGCUGAGUCGGGGGUUGCGGAGGCGAAGGAACAGACGGCGCGAUGACAGAGACGAAGACGGAGUCGGCCUCUCUCCGCCAAACGACGGGGCCGAGCGGGGAGCGAACGCGCAGGGGGUUUCCGGGGAAAAGCCGGAGAAAAGACGCCUGGGAGAAGUCGAGCGGCUUCUCCAGGUACAAAAUGAAUGGGAACGCGCGAAAGCCGUGUCGAUGUGGAAACGCGCGAGGUCGCAAGGCGCAGUGGAAGGAGAGAGCCUGAAGGACAUUCGGUCUCGGCUGCGGGGCCACGCGCACCCGGUUGGGUGCAUGCUGGCGUAUGACGUUUGA